AAAGAAAAUCUGGCCGUGGUUGCAGUCACAUUAAAAAUGAAAUACACAUUGUUCGCUGUUUUGGCCCUGGUUGCUGCCUCCAGUGGGGCCUACCUCCCCGAGGACGAUGACAGCGUCUAUUUUGUUAGAAACAUACUCGACAACCUCGUCAGACAGUCUUUUGAAUAUUUUAGAAAACUCUUGAAGGAAAAUGAUCCAUACCCGCUUCCCGACGUGUCAGAAUUGCACGUCCAAGAUCAAGGAGUCGACUUAACUGUCUCCCUUAAAAACUUCAAAGCAACCAAAGCGAGCGACUUCACUAUAGACCAACUCAACAGCGAUCUUCCAAGCCUUUAUGUCAAGUUGGAGGGGACACUCCCGGCGCUGCACUUAGAAGGCGAUUACGAAGUCCUUGGGGUCGUCCAAGGGAGAAAGGUCGAGGGAAAAGGCCCGUGCAAAUCUGAAGUCACUCUGUUUAAGCUGAAAGGAAUGUUGGAAGAAAAAGUCGAAAAACACGAACUCCAGGUUUCAAAACUCGAAUUUGAUUACGACUUAAAAGGUCUUGCGUUCGACCUCCCUGACCUGAAAGUUGAAGGUAUGUCCAAGGAAGAAGUACACGAACUUAUCAACAACAAGUUUUUUGAGUAUCUCGAGAACAACAAACAAGAAGUCAGCAAUGCUGUUGCCAAGCGCGUCAAGGAUUAUUUGAAUAAGGCUACCAAAGGGAAAUCGCUCAAGGAUAUCAUGGAUUGGUUCAAGAGCAUGAUAAAACCGGCUGCUUAAUUAAAACAAUUUUUUAAAAAUAAAUAAAAUAAUACACGCUGGC